AUGGACUUCAUCACAGGACUACCACGAGUGAGGGACUUAGACACCAUCUUGGUGGUGGUCGACAAGUUCUCUAAGUAUGCCACAUUCAUACCAACCCGCUCAGAAUGCAAAGCGGAAGAAGUGGCCGGCUUAUUCUUGACACAUAUUGUCAAGCUAUGGGGCCUUCCACGAGACAUUGUUUCAAAUCGCGACCCCCGCUUCACUAGAAGAUUUUGGUCAACCUUCUUUACUCUCUUGGGCACUAAACUAAGCUUCUCUACAACAUUCCAUCCACAAACCGAUGGACAAAUAGAGAGAGUCAAUGGCAUGUUGGAAGAUUACUUGAAACAUUAUGUUAUCACUAGGCAGGAUAAUUGGGUGGAGCUCUUGGAUGCGGUGCAGUUUGCCCAUACCAUUCAAUAAUGUGUCUCUACUAGACACUCCCUAUUUGAACUGGCCAUGGGAAGGCAGCUAUUAACGCCUCCAAAAUUGGUGAAACAACAAGGACCUAGGUACCUACCGGCCGCAUACCAGUUUGCUAAGAACUGCCAUGACCAACUAAAGGAAGCCCGCAAAGCCCUUGCGAGAGUUGCUCGACGAAUGAAGAAAAAUGCGGAUUCCCAAUGA